AUGGCAUGGGGGCGAUUCCUUGUCUUGGAGCUGAUGAAAUGUUGUUGCAUGGUGCUGUUAUUAGCGGCGCGCAUGGAUCGGCAGCAGGAGGGCGACAGGAAGCGCGCGCGGCAGGGGGAGGAGGAGUCCGCGGCAGCGGCGACGGGGAGACGGCGGCAGCAGCAGCGGGCGGCGGCCGUGGCUCAGGCACCCGCGCCGGCUGCCGGCGGCGGCGAGGCCUGGCCCGGGGCGGCGUGGCAGCGGCCCGAGGGGGUGUUCGAUUUCCCGUGGCAGAAGUGCCGCGGCGGGUUGGGCGUGGCGAGCGGCGGCGGCGGGUGGGAGCUCCGGGACGUGUUCUUCCGCUCGCUCGUGGACGGGCGCGCCGCGGCGAUCGGGGUGCCUGGCGACCGCCUCUCCGCGCCGCCCAGCAAGCGCACCCUGUUCGACGACGUGGACGCGUGGCUCGCCACGGCCGGCGACGGCGAGGUGGACCCUCUCUGGCGGUCGGUGCUGGAGGCGGGGCCCAGGCCCACCGCGUGA